UAUUUUGUAGAACUUGCUUUCGAUAUAAUCGCUCGUAUCGCAAUGGGACAAAAAGACUCUAAGCAAUUUAAAUCUGAAUAUUGUCAAAUAGCUGAAGAUAUUUUUGCUUAUUUUAACACGACUAUUUUUGAUUAUAUUUCUUUUAUAUUCCCCUGGAUUGGAGUAAAUAUACUUGAACCUUUCGUUAGAGCAACAGGAAAAUAUAGAGGAGAUCCAAAUAUAAUUUUGAUAGAUAAAAUUACUAAAGCUAUUAAACAAAGAAAAGAAGAGAAAAUGAAGAAAAAUGGAAGGGAAGAAGAAGAGAAUGAAGAAAAUUUAAAUAAUAAAAAAUGGGUAGAUUUUAUUGACCUCUUUUUGGAAUCAGAGGCCGAAAAUAAUGAAAUUGAAUUUAAAAUAAGUAAUGGGACUUAUAACAAAAAAGAAAAGUUUGAACGUUGUAAUACUUUAGAAGAAAUGGUACUUAAUAGUGUUCUCUUCCUUUUGGCUGGAUUUGAUACAACGGCAAAUACUUUAAGUUUAAUAGCACACAAUUUAGUUAUUAACCCACAAGUUCAAAAACGUUUAUUUGAAGAAAUUUGUGGAUUAGAAGAUGGGGAAAUAAUUAAUUAUGAACAACUGUCUAAAUUAAAAUAUAUGGAUGCUGUAUUAAAAGAGACUUUAAGAUUAUGUCCAGUCGGUGAUGUCAAUAGAAGAUGUGAAGAGACUACAACCCUUGGAGAUAUAACAAUAGAGAAAGGAACAUAUGUUGCUGCCGAUUUAUUCACUUUACAUAGAGAUAAAAAGGUUUGGGGAGAAGAUGCUGAUGAAUUUAAACCGGAAAAAUGGUUAUUAAAUGAGAAUAUAAAUACACUUACAGAACAUUAUUAUCCAUUUGGAGGAGGACCUAGAAUUUGUAUUGGAAUGCGUUUAGCAAUGAUGGACAUUAAAAUGGUUUUAGUUAAUUUACUACGUUCUUUUGAAUUGGAGAGAUGUUUUGAGACAUUAAUAAAACCUAAUUUGACUGGCCAAGGUGUUUUAAAUUCGGGAAAGAUUUUUGUAAAACUAAACUUGAGGAAAUAA